GUCUCCCCCCCCCAUAUACUCCGCUUGGUUUUCUCACCCACUUCCGCAUCGUAGAGGAAGCGGCCGUUGCCGUCCUGCGAGGGAAGGACGACCCAAAAACAAGCGGGGCAGCCAAUGAGGGCGCGCCGUGGAGGGGGGCCGUUCUGCGCAGGCGCGCAGCCCUGGUUUAUGCUAAUGUUGUUGAUAUUCUGGAGCUUCCGAGCGGACUGUCUUUUCUCUCGCCGCCCGGGUUUCCCCUCGCAGAAGUGGGAAGGCUGAGCGGUCUCCUUCCUCCACCCUGGCCCUGCCCCUCGGAAAGGGGAGGGGGCUGAGCCGAGGGGGCGGGCGGGGGGUGGAGAAGCGGGACGGUCGGAGGCAUCCCCUGCCCAUGAGGGCCUGAUGGAAAACACAAAGGAUCUGACUGAACAUCCUUCAAGGUCAGAAAGGAAGAGACGUGAUUCAUUCGGGAUGUUCGAUGGCUAUGAUAGCUGCAGUGAGGAUACAAGUAGUAGCUCCAGUUCUGAUGAAAGUGAAGAGGAGGUUCCUCCCUUACCUUCCAAUCUCCCAAUAAUCAAGAACAAUGGGCAGGUUUACACUUAUCCAGAUGGCAAAUCUGGCAUGGCUACCUGUGAAAUGUGUGGGAUGGUUGGUGUCAGAGAUGCCUUUUACUCCAAGACCAAGCGUUUCUGCAGUGUUUCCUGCUCAAGAAGCUACUCAUCGAACUCUAAGAAGGCCAGCAUUCUGGCCAGACUUCAGGUAACGGGAAAACCUCCGACUAAGAAGGCUAAAGUGUUACAAAAACAACCUUUAGUUGCUAAAUUAGCUGCAUAUGCUCAAUACCAAGCAACGGUACAGAACCAGUCAAAGACUAAAACAGCAUCUGUUCCAGUGGAAGGUUUCAGUUGGGGCAACUAUAUCAAUAGCAAUAGUUUCACAGCAGCUCCUGUGAAUUGUUUUAAACAUGCACCUAUGGGGACAUGCUGGGGUGAUAUCUCAGAAGGUGUGCGUGUGGAAGUCCCUAACACAGAUUGCAGCUUAUCUGCCAAAGUCUUCUGGAUUGCUGGGAUUUUGAAAUUAGCAGGUUACAAUGCUUUAUUAAGAUAUGAAGGCUUUGAAGGUGAUUCAAGUCUUGACUUCUGGUGUAACAUCUGUGGACCUGAUAUCCAUCCAGUUGGUUGGUGUGCAACCAGUGCGAAACCUCUAGUUCCACCACGAUCCAUUCAACACAAAUAUACAAAUUGGAAAGCUUUUCUGGUAAAAAGACUCACCGGUGCCAAAACUCUUCCUCCUGACUUCUCUCAGAAGGUAUCUGAAAGUAUGCAGUAUCCUUUCAAGCCUUCUAUGAGAGUAGAAGUUGUCGAUAAAACACACCUCUGCCGAACACGGGUAGCAAUUGUUGACAGCGUAAUUGGAGGCAGGUUAAGACUAGUGUAUGAAGAAAGUGAGGACAAAACAGAUGACUUCUGGUGCCAUAUGUACAGCCCACUCAUUCAUCCUAUUGGUUGGUCUCGGAGUAUAGGACAUCGAUUCAAAAGAUCCGAUAUAAUCAAGAAGCAAGAUGGUCAAAUUGAUGCAUCCUCACAUUUAUUUGCUAAGGUAAAAGAAGCUGAGUCCAGUGGAGAAUGGUUCAAAGAGGGAAUGAAAUUGGAAGCCAUAGAUCCAUUAAAUCUUUCUGCUAUAUGUGUGGCAACAAUUAGAAAGGUAUUAGCAGAUGGAUAUCUUAUGAUUGGGAUUGAUGGAUCUGAGGCAGCUGAUGGGUCUGACUGGUUUUGUUACCAUGCAACCUCCCCUUCUAUAUUCCCUGUUGGUUUCUGUGAAAUUAACAUGAUAGAACUAACUCCACCCCGAGGUUAUGCAAAACUACCUUUCAAAUGGUUUGACUACCUCAGGGAAACAGGUUCAAUAGCAGCCCCCGUCAAAUUCUUUAACAAGGAAGUUCCAAACCAUGGGUUUCAUGUUGCAAUGAAACUGGAAGCUGUGGAUCUCAUGGAACCCCGUUUAGUAUGUGUGGCCACAGUAACUCGCAUAAUCCAUCGUCUCUUGAGGAUACAUUUUGAUGGUUGGGAGGAUGAAUAUGAUCAGUGGGUAGACUGUGAAUCUCCUGACCUCUAUCCUGUAGGGUGGUGUCAAUUAACAGGUUACCAGCUACAGCCUCCUGCAUCACAAUCUUCAAGAGAUAGCCAAUCAAGUUCAUCAAAACAGAAGAAAAAGUCUAAAUCGCAGCAGUACAAAGGACACAAGAAAAAGAGGAAGAUACCAGUUGGAAAGAAGCCUGUCAGUUUGUCGAGCGGCCUCAUGACAGGUGGGGUAUGGAGGAGCUUCUCUGGUGAUGAAGAGUUGACUCCUCAGUAUCGAACCCUUCCAGCACAGACAUCCCCGGAGGCCUGCCAGCCUCCCCGGACUAGCAGAGAGUUCAAUCCCUGCCUCAAAACAGGUAAUUGGUCAUGUAAAAAAAAACAAAACCUCAUGAUAUGAGAAGAAAGUUGACUGAGGACCAAGCAUGGUCAGGCAUGUAACAUGCUGGCUCACUGCCACCCUCACUUUUCAUUUAAAAAUGGCAAGAACAUUCAUAUCAGCCCAUGAGCCCAUCUCAUUGAAUUAAUCAUAAGUGUUAAGUCCCUGAUUUCUAUGUAGCCAAAGAAUUCACUAAAUUCCUUCCCAAAGCAAAGAGAAAGUAGAAAUAGAGUGAAUGUAUUGAGGCAAGAGGGUUAAGUGCUAAGAGGCUGUUAGUAUCGACCUUUUAUAGGCUGAACACAGUGAUCUUCUGUGAGUACACUGUUUUUAUUGUUGGAGGGUAUUUUGAAAAGCUUAAUUAAAUGUGAUUCACUUUUUAAAAAACUGCAAUCAUAUUUUUAAGUCCCAAAAUUGACUGGAAGAUGAGAAACACUUUUCUCUAUAAAUAUUUGACCAUUUAGACAAACAAGAGAAAAAUAGUGUAUUAGUAUGUUUUGAGGCUCAUUUAAGGUUCAGAUAAGGUGCAUUAGGGCUGACACAAAUGUCAGUCUGUGCUGAAAGUGGUUAGCUAAUAAAAAAUAAAUUUGGGAGGCUAUGUUGUUUCGGUUUUUGUCAGUGGAGAAUAUCACUAUUAUUUUUUUUCCCACUCUCAUGGAAUGGGUAGCACUAUAUGAGGAAAGGAUAUGUUUGAAUUUUUAAACAAACCAAUUUCUAUUUUACUGUAAUAUAGAUGUGUAGUUGAAAAGUCUCUUUUUUCUGAGCGUUCCACAAAAUGCAGUCUUGGCUAGAUCAUAGAUUUCAUUCUACAUAUAAUCUGAUUCAUAUCUGGAGUGAAACGUACCAAAUUCGAUGAUAUGUUCUGUUACACUGUAAGAAAUCCUUACAUCUUCUGCUCCCUUGGCAGGACCUAGACGCUGCUAUGUAACAUGUUCCAGUGAAUAGAUAGGUGCAUGUCCCUAAGUAAUAAAGACUUCUGCAUAGCCUAUUAUUUGCAUGACAAUGAAUCAAGUUUUGUCUGCUGUCUGCAAAUAGCCACCUUGAUACACGUAGGGAAAGCCUCUUAUACCAUGCAAUAAGAUGCAUGUGCCUGGUAGUGUCUAGUCAAUGAAGAACUAUGAAUUCUGAUAAGGUACUCGGUUGUACUAGUUUCUGCUGGGGCGAAACAGAAGAACUCAGGUGUGUUUUCUUUGGGAUGUAUUUGAUUUAUCCAUAUGAUUUCUCAUUGCCUCCCUAUCUAAUUAUUUUCGCUUAUUUGGCUAAUGCUAACUAUUAAAGCAUUUUAUAACUACUAAUGAAAUGAAAUGUUCAACAUCUGGCCGAAAGCUUUAUUUUCAUGAAUGCUACACUUCAUAUUUUUUUUCAAAACAAUCAAGAAACUAAGUCCUGUACAUUAUACAUCCCCAUCUCCCAUUACAUUUCUGUAGUGCAUUGAACCAAACACUACACUUCGCUACUUCAAAUGCUAAUUUUAUUAUCUGGAAUAAGUAUGUUUCUAAUUAUGAUUAUGUUUGAAAUGUUAAUGUUAAAUUUGUUGUAUUUCAGCACAAUAUAGUCUUCAGGCAUUUUUUUCAUGGAGAGAGGUGUUUUGGAGGAUGAGAUGUCAUCAAGCUAAUCUUGACAAUACAUUAUUGUCUUAAUAUAAAGAUUAGAGAUAAGAGAUUAUUACAGGAGCUCACUGAAUUUAUAAACACCAGAAAGAAAUAUAUUGCUUUGUAAAAGGAGGAAGGUACCAUAGGCCCACCUUAGGCAUGAAAGCCAGCUGGGUGACUUUGGGCCAGUCAGCCCAAUUUACCUCACAGGGUUGUUAUUGUAAGGAAGAUAGGAGGAGGAUGGAAUAUUGUGUAUGCUUGCCACCUUGAGUUAUUUUUUUAAAAUAAUAAAGGUGAGAUAAAAAUGAAUAAAUAAAAUAAAAUAAAAAUAUAAUAUUUUCAAUUAGGGUUGCAUACAGAGUUCCUCGUGCAUAUAUAUAAGAAUCCUGCCUUGGUUUUGAUUUUUCAAUGCACAUUUAUCCGUUUUGGAGUAAACCCUUUAUUAAACUUCUAAAGAGUCUUAAUCUUAUGAAUUAACCAUGCUGGUAGACCAGAAGCAGCUAUUUGGUAGGAUGAAAUCUAUAGUUCUUGACAAUAAUUAUUUAGUGUAGGGUUGUCACAAUUUAUGGUCUUUCAAACUGCAGUGCUCAUACCUUAUCAAUCAUCAUAUUGGCUAGGCCAAUCAAUAUCGAUAUGUUAAUCAAUCUCACCUGAAGAGCUGCACACUGGCCAUGCUCACUUUAAGGAAAUUAUUUGAACUAUGAGUUUCUAAAAAUAUUACUUUUCUGGAUCUUUAUCUGAGGGAUAGUAUCAGCAGGUACUUUUUAAACAUCUCUAGCAGAUUAUUUUGAAAGAAUUAAAGUUACAUAUGUCUUUUUAUUUUGACAAUUUCAUUUAAAAAUGUAAUAUUUGCCUUUAUUUUAGAAAUAAAAAAUGUAAGACCAAUUGAAUCCUUAAAAGUGUUUGUAUAUGAAAUUCCGAGGACUUCAAAGGAUGGAUCAGACUUUAAUGGUAAACUGUUUAAUUUGUUAAAAAUCUCAAGAAAUUCCCAGAAUAUGGACAACUGUAGUCUUUCCAAAAAACAUACUACUGUUAGUGGUUGUCCUUCCAAAGAGGAGAGACCCUUGAUAUCUAUCAGAUGGGCGUGUUCCUUUCAUCUCUGCCUGCCAGAUUGAUCAAGUUAAUUUAAUUAUUUUCUAUAUAUUUCAGGAAACCUAAGGUGGCACUUAUAGGCUUUCUCAUCCAAGUAGUUUCCCAACUCAGAUUGUUGAAACAAAAACAAACCAUUUAUUACAUAUCUUCAGAUAAUGCCCUAAAAGUGCAUGAUAAUAGAUUUUAAGUAUGCAAGCCUAAUGAAAAAGAAAAAUCAGAGCUUCCCUUGCCAAUCUUUAGUUCUGAAACUAUUUUCCACAGUGAGUCUAAUAAACUUGAGUAAAGUUACUCUAGAAUAAGCAUAAUAAGAAUAAAUGAAAUGAAUUAAAUAAUCUGAUUAGGAUUGAAAUGGGAAUAAGAACGUUAUCACAAGCCACAGGUUUUAUAUUGUGAAUAUUGUAGCAAUUAAUUUCUGUAAAAGUCUGUAAACUAUUUUUAUCUUGAGAAAAUUGCUUAUUAUUGCAUGUUCUUAAUUUCAUAGUAGUAUUUCAGCUUGCCUGCAAUAGAAUCGUGGGGACGUUUGGAACAUGCGGAAAUUUGCAACUUGAAAUGCAAGAAUAGCAAAUGCCAAUAGACAUGGAUUGAUGAACAAAAUGAAAGGAAAAUGAUUACAUUAUCUUUCUAUGAAAGGAAGAGAAAGGGAAGGAUGUAAUAGAUAGGAAAGAAAGUGGUCUAAUCUUGGGCAGAAUUGAAUAGUAAGGACUGAGAUCUGAAAUCUGUGUUUAAUUAUGAAUAAAAGUUCUAUAACAGUGUUUCUCAACCUAUGGUCACGGACCCUUGGGGUGGGCAUGAUGUCAUCACAGGGCUUGAAGGCUCGAAGAAAUGUUAUGAUUUAAAUCUUGGUUUAAGUCUUGAUAGUCUGUGGCCAUAAAAUAUAUCUAAAGGGGAUCCAUAAUGAAGAAAAGUUUGAGAACCACUAAUGUAUAACAUAUGUCAGACAGGGUGAUGUGGUGUGAUCUAGUUUGUUGUGAAGGCAAACAAAAGUAGGAUUUUCUAGGCUGGUAAUAGUUGAAUGUUACGUCCCAAUGAAAGAUGGCAGUGGAAGAAUCAUGUGUUAGUUUCUUUAUUUUUCACAUUUUUUGAACUGCCCAUUUCCCUCAAGGAGGGAUUAGUUUGUACUAGGAGAAAAAAAAUAUUCUGUUAGGUCCCUGACCCCGAGUUGAUGGAGCGACAGCAUGCCAGAAACUGGGCCACGCAAACAAGCAAAACCCCAUCCAUGGGGUGUAGGCAGCACACGAAACCAUGCCCCCUCCGGUCCACGGAAAAGCCUCUCCACCAAACUGGUCCCUGGUGCCCUAAAGAUUGGGGACUGCUGUAUUAGGUGAUAUAAAUGAAUGGGUGGAAAUGUAAGCCAUCCAGAUCUACUUGGUUGAUAUAGGCGGCUAUACUAAUUGAAUAAAUGUUCCAAAGGUGCUUUUUCAGGAGGCAACUGGACUUUCUUGUUUUUUCU